AUGCCCCUGGAUACACAUGGGCAAGUGCAGAAACACGAUGCAGAAGGUAGCCCCUUGUGCCCCCCCUUACCCCCCCAUCUGGGUGUUAACUGUCCGUGUGUCUGUCCGUCCUGUCAGUACUUGAACAUCAAGCUGACCGACAUCAGCGUGACGGACCCGGAGAAGUACCCCCACAUGCUGUCGGUGAAGAACUGCUUUAUCCGCGGCUCCGUGGUGCGCUACGUGCAGCUGCCGGCAGACGAGGUGGACACGCAGCUGCUGCAGGACACCGCGCGCAAGGAGGCGCUGCAGCAGAAGCAGUGACCCCCCCCAUGCCCCCCCUCCCUCCCUGCUGCAGGGGGUGCAGGGCGGAGACCUGCCCCACCCGGCUGCUUCCCGCCAGCCGUAAAAUCCCCCCUGCUCGGCAGCUCCUGCCACUACACCGAUGCUCCCGGACGCCUGGGUCCGUGGCUGCUCCCCCUCCUGGCUGGGAGCAGGAGCUGAGCCGCUGUCCAGGAGCCCGGACACCUGGGUCCACUCUGCUCCCUCCAUGCUCUGGGAGUAGGAGCCCAGCUCCUAUCCAGGAGCCUAGAUGCCUGGGUUCUUCCUUUUCACCCUGCCCUCCCAGGCCCCGGAGGCCUGAGUUUCUCUCUGCAAGCCCAGGCCUCGGACUCCUGGGUUCCUCUCCACUUGUGCUUGGGAGGGAACAGGAAGAGCAGAGGGGAACCCAGGCAUCCGGGGCCCUGCAUGGGGGCUCAGCUUCUACUCAAGAGAAUUGGGUGGGGGCUGUGCCCUUUCUAGGGGCCCGGACGCCUGGGUUCAACUCCCCUGCCCCCCAAUAUGCCCAGAUCUAGGACACCUGAGUUCUGUGUGCUCCCUGAGCUGCUUAUCUCCUGUGGGAUGAAUAUCAGGGUGGUUCCUAGGCUUGUCGUGUCCCCCGCCCUUGGGGGGGAAAGAUUAUGGGGGCCCCCUUAGUUCUGGUUUGAAUCUCCCCAGCCCCCCUCUUUCACCUCCAGGGCCAUGGCCAGUUAAGCCUCAUUUUUAUUUUUAAACUGUAAUUUCUCCCUGUUCUUUAAGGGGGGUGUUUAGUUCCCCCCACAUCAUUGGAGGGGCAGGGACUGCACUCCUGGGGUGCCGUUAACCCCAGCUGGCGAAAUCCUGGAAGAGUUGUGGGGCGUUUGAAUUUCCCGGGGGGGAUUGGGGUUUU